ACAACAUCCAAGAUUGCCAAAACACCUAGCACCGAAUCUGUUACUGAAUUUGGAACAACCGAAGCCAUUUGUUCUGCUGUCCAGCAUUAUGCCCGCUGCAUAUCAGUCUCUGUUAAGGAUAUAUAUGCAGACUGCCAGAUCGACGAACCAUCACUGGUCCUUUUUGGUGUCAGCCAUGUCAGCAUACCUAAAAGGAAGUAUAUAUCGGCAAGGAGUUACGCUACCAACCCAUGGUUUGCAGGUCGCCCAGUCGUUCCAGCUCCUACUUCCACUGCCGAACUUCUCGAAUCUCACUUCGCAUCAUUGUCUGUGAAACACCUUUCAAGGAAUUGGAUACUGCAUAAUGACCCUAGGUUCAUUCGAGUUACAGGGGAAGAGAUAAAAGAUCAGCUCCUUGGCGAUGCCAUGGUCGACCACGAACUUGGAUGUAUCAUUUUGGUCGACCACGAACUUGGAUGUAUCAUUUUGCAGCGCCAGAAGCAGCUUGAUCAUGAAUCAAAUCCUGAUGUACAAUAUCUUAACCACCGACACAUCCUAGAGGUUGAUUUCUCGACAGUUGCUCUAUGUGGCACAAGUAUUUCCGACUUCCUAGAGGUCCAGAACCAAUUCAUUGGCCCAAGUGUCUACCAUGCCAUAGAGGCCUGCCAGCUGUUCUACGUACCAGCUAUACUACGCGACGGAUGGGCUGUCUACAUUUGGGAUAUGCUUACAAGGGCAAUCCAAGUUUUUGAUCCUUCAGUCGGUCCCAAAGGAUGCAGCCAGGAUCAGCAGGCUCGACACGAGCUUAUUGCGUCGUGCUUACAUAAUGCAUUGUUCGGGUGCCUGCAUGCUGGGUGGCCAACACGAAAGGAUAACUGGUCUACCAUUUCCCCUGUUUUAUGGAUACCACAAUUACCAGGGAGGAAACUGGUAAUUGCGUCAUGCACAUCAUUAGGUACCACGAUGGAGAGAGUAUACCGAUCACCAAGAACAACCUUGUGAAAACUAAAAGUACAUUCUGCAAGAAGUUAUGAAGCUCCAGGGGAACAGUUCAUCAUUGCCAGCCGAUGCACUAUGGUCAGUUCAUGCCCCUACCGAUGGUUAUGAAGCUCCAGGGGAACAUUUCAUGCGACCCAUUUAGCGUGCCCACUACGGACAUUCAAUGAAUAUUCAUUUUGUCAAUCCAUGUUGUAUCGCUAUACAUGACUAAGUGUGUAUCGUACAUUUCCUCCAAAACCAUCUACCUAAAUGGACAACCUAUUAUAUUUUUCAUGCGUUA